UUUAUUCUGGAGGCCAAUUCUAAGGUUUCUAAUUGUUGGCCAGCAGACCUCACGUUAUUGAUGUGCUUAGCAUCUCACAGGUAUAGAUACAUAGAUUUUUAAACUUCGUAUAAGUUACGAUUUCCUGAGGGAAAGAGGACAAAUAGAAAAGGCUGUGAAUCUGGCGAAAGGCAAGCAACAUACAUAAUCUAUGUUUUGGCAUGUGAUUUGUUGGAGCUACUUCAGUGGGUUUUGAUUAAUUUUUAUUAUGAUGACUUGUCAAGUGCAAGCCUCAAGAGUGCAGCUGGGUUUUUUUUUGUCUGGGGAGCAGUGCAAAAACAUAGCGGAUUUCCUGUGUGAGAGGUGCCUGAAUAUUUUGUUAAAAACAGAUGUUUGUGCAAACAUGAGCAAUGGAAGGACACAAUAAGCGGUUAGGCUAUGUGGGCAGAAGUGAAAGAGUUACUAAUGUCUGUAGAACUCAAAUGAGAAAUUUUAAACCACGUGUAGAGUAAGAGAAAAACAAUUUAACUUGAAGUGGAGGUCUAAAUAGGCGCCGUCUUGAAGGGAAAUGAUUACAGUAACAGCUGUGCUCUGUGUAGUGCAGAAUGGUGGUUUGGUGUUUGUAAUGUAGAAGCAUUGGGAGUUGAAGACUAAACGAAGGGUGGAGUGAAAAGCAGAUUGAUAGAGCUCCAGCACUGAUGCUUUCAAGGUAUUCUAUUGCUUGAUGGAGAUGGAAAAAGAUGGAAAUCAAACUAGCUUCCUGGAGAAAGCUGAAGAAAGCAAAUACGUAAUGGAACUUUUCUACCUUAGAAGUGUGUUUUGAGCGCUCUUCCUAGACAUCCUUCAUAAAUAUCGUAAAUAUUCUAUAUAUCAACACAGGGACAUGAUUGAAAAUCUGGUUUAUCAAACAAGAUACACUGGAAGAAACCUGCCUGGAAUGUGACUGUGUUGUUUCUGAAAGUUUGUGAGAAAACGCUGUAGACAUCUAUCUAUUAUUUAUUAACUCUGCAUCUCAGUUCAGCUGCAGCAAACUAGUCUUUGAAGUGAAUAGAAACAGAGCCCUUUUGGAUACUUUUAUUGAACAUGACUCAUGGAGAAGAGCUUGGCUCUGAGAUGCACCAGGAUUCUGUUGUUCUAACUUACCUAGAGGGAUUACUAAUGCAUCAAGCAGCAGGAGGCUCAGGUACUACAGUUGACAAAAAGUCUACUGGGCAUAGUGGAGAGGAUCAAAACUUUAAGAUUUCUGGAAAUAUAUUUCCCAGCUGUCAAAGUAAUGGUCCAGUUCUUAACACAAGUACAUAUCAGGGAUCUGGCAUGUUGCACCUCAAAAAAGCAAGGCUGUUGCAGUCUUCUGAAGAUUGGAACGCAGCAAAGAGAAGGCGGUUGUCUGAUUCCAUUGUAGAUUUAGAUGGAAAAAAGGAAGCUUUGUUAGCUGGCGUGGUUGAAAAUGUGCCUAAAGGCAAACAGGAUAGCACAUUACUUGCCUCUUUGCUUCAGUCAUUCAGCUCUAGGCUUCAGAGUGUUGCUCUGUCACAGCAGAUUAGACAGAGCCUUAAGGAGCAAGGCUAUUCCCUUAGCCAUGAUUCUUUACAGGUGGAGAAAGAUUUACGGUGCUAUGGUGUUGCAUCCAGUCACCUGAAGACUCUACUGAAGAAGAGCAAAGCGAAGGAUCAGAAGUUGGACAACAGCCUGCCUGAUAUAACAAAGAACCUGCCCAAAGAGAGGUUUAUAGAAUCUCCUCAUGCAGUGCAGAGCGGACCUAAAGUAAUAAAUGAACCACUGUCAUGUGCUGCAAGAUUACAAGCUGUGGCAAGCAUGGUAGAGAAACGAUCUAGUCCUGCUGCUUCACCGAAGCCCAGCGUAGCAUGCAGCCAACUAGCUUUACUCCUUUCAAGUGAAGCUCACUUGCAACAGUACUCCAGGGAACAUGCUUUAAAAGCACAAAAUGCAAAUCAAAUAGCAAGUGAGAGACUUGCAGCUAUGGCCAGAUUACAAGAAAGUGCUCAAAAAGAUAUUGGCCAGUUCAGUUUAGCAAAAGGAAUGACAAGCCAUCUCAAUGGUCAAGCCGGAUCAUCAACCAAAAUGGUAUCUAGCAAAAGCAAUAUGGCACCGUUUCAGAGUUCAGUGGGAAUCACACAUUCACCACCCAAAAACGUGGGAUUCAAAAAUAACUUGGAAAGGAAUAAUGUGAAAACCUCUCCCAGCAACAGUUUGCUCUUACAUCUCCUGAAAAGCCAGAAUACCACCAAACAAUUAAAAGGGCAUGAACAGAGUGAGAGAGCCAGCAUUUUUGAAGAGAGCAGCACACCAACAACUAUUGAUGAGUAUUCAGACAACAACCCUAGUUUUACAGAUGACAGCAGUGAUGACGAUAGCUCCCAUUCUAACUGUCUUCCUAUAGACUUAUCUUUUAAACAGAGGACAGACAAACCAGAUGCAGGUCCACCUGCAUCACUGGAUAACCUGACUCAGUCCUUGCUUCAUAGCUGGGAUCCAAAAGUUUCUUGUCCGGAGAACAAGGAAGACAAAGACACUCCGAAGGCCUCUAAGCUGAACCCCCAUCAGAAAGUAACACUACUUCAGCUGUUACUUGGGCAUAAGAGUGAAGAAAAAGUAGACAAAAGUAAUGAUCCUCAGGGACCACACAGUGCUGCUGAUGUGGCAAAAUUCACUGUACAGACUGGUAAAAGGACUCCUGUUACUGACAGUCCCAAUGCAAAUCGAAUGACUCCACUAAACACUCCGCCUUUGCUUGCUUCUGCAAAAGCAGACUCUCCCAUAAAUCUCUCUCACCAAUCAUUAGCCAUCAAGCGUAGCUCACCACCGUAUGCCUGCAGCAUCCAGCCAGACAGGCUGGUGAAUCCUGCAUCUAAACAUUUGAUAGAUCUUUCAAAAAGCAAAGAAAUUCAAGGAGCUAAACUGAGCAGAAAUGACAGUCCACAAAACUCUUCGGCUUUCAGUGCCAGCAAACUGUUGCAGAAUCUUGCUCAGUGUGGUAUGCAAACUUCCAUGUCAAGUGAAGAACAAAGAUCUGGCAAACAUCUGCUAGUGGGGAACACAGAUAAACCUGUAGGCUUGAUUGAUAGAUUGAACAGCCCUCUGCUUACAAAUAAAUUAAGUACGCACGAAGAAAAUAACAAAAUAUUGAGUUGUCAGCCUGUACCCACUGAACAAGGACUUCCAGGCUCGGAAAUAGAAAAUCUCCUUGAAAGGCGUACUGUCCUUCAGCUGCUUCUGGGAACUCCCAAUAAAGGUAAAAAUGAAAAGAAAGAGAGGGUGCUUUUAAGAGAUGAAAGUUCUCAGGAACAGAGAGAUAAGGCUUUGAAUGAGCAAAUAUUGACAGUGAAAAUAAAAACUGAACCAUCUGAAGAAUCAAAUGUCCCUUAUAAUUCAAAUGCACAACAAAUAAGAGAGUGCAAGGGUAACAAAUUUCAAGGAUUUGUUCAUUCGCUACAGAGAAAUACAGCUUCUUCUCCAGCAUCUGAGGAGAUGAAGUCUGAGCCUCUUUCACCUCAAGAUUUUUCUUUUUCCAAAAAUGGCCUGCUAAGUAGAUUGCUGACACAGAAUCAAGACAGUUACCCUGCAGAUGAGCUGGACAGAAGUCACCAAAACAGUGAGCUGACACACCUGGAAUCAAAGAGUCUUUGCACAGUACCGAAGAAGAGGAAGCUUCACACUGAGCCUUUGGAAAGUCCGUUAAAAAAGAUGAAAACUAAUGUGUCUCAUGCUGCAAACAAUCAUGUUUCUCCUACAGAGGCACUGUAUGGGCCUUUGCUAAACCAGCAAGAACUGAAGUUCGGCAGAAGUGAUUCAGAAUUUAAAUAUAGUCUAAGUCAUGGUUCAAAUAAUGAAAGUGAUAAUAGGAGUUGGUCUAGAGAUAGUAAAGGCUUUAAUGUGUUGAAACAGCUGCUUCUCUCAGAAAACUGUGAGAGAGACCUGUCACAACAUAGGAAUAACUUACUAACUGAGGGCAAGAAAAAAGGAAACAAAAGCAAUGCAACAAUUAAUAAACCCGAAUUCAGCAUUUCUUCAGUAAAUGCAUUAAUGGGAAGUCCUGUGCAACAGAGCAAUUGUGUAGAUCACAGAACAUUUCAGUAUCCGGUAAAAAGUCCUGCCAGUUCCCCCUUCCCUGAACAUUUGGGGAGACUUGAACCUGACCAGUUUAGUGUGUGUCCCAUGCCCAGUGAGAAAGGUCCCAUUAGAUGGGUGAUCACAGGUAUGGACAAGAAUGAUUAUGAAAAAGACUCUCCGAGACUGACCAAAACCAAUCCGAUCUUGUACUACAUGUUACAGAAAGGUGGCAACUCUAUUAGUAGCCAAGAAGCACAUGACAAAGAAAUUUGGAACGAACCAUCAUUUACCGAUAGUUCGAGUCGUGUUACAAUCAAAGAGGAGUUGACAUCUGAUGGAGAGCUUAAAACUCCUUUUAGUAACUUAAGAAGCCCUUACAGCAGCCAUAUGGGAAAUAAGACCUCUCAUCAACACGGUGUGAAUGGAGAAGUGCAUGGACUUCUGGAAAAAGUGCUAACAAUCAAAAAAGAGCCAGAAUAAACUACAGCCUCAUCAAGGAGUUUACAAUCUGUGGUUUUGAGUCUUUGUUUAAAAAAAAAAGAAAAAAAAACAUUAAAAAAGAGUACGAACUUGACUACUGUAAAAAUUGAGCAUGAUUUUAGAAAAGCAUGGUCUAAUUGAAACAUGUUUUCAUUUGAUAAACUUUUUAUUUUUAUGGUGAUGUUAUUUAAAAUACAUGUAGAUAAAAUUUGCUUUACUAUAGAUUGUCACGAGGAAAUUAGAAAGGUUGUAAUUUGUACAAGACAUUUCUGUAUGCAUCAAAUUAAGUUAUGAGUACUCUUUGAUCAGAGUCUUACUUGGAUUUGCAAGUCUUUGGUAUAACAUAAAGUGUAAGAGUACAGCCUAGGUGGUGGUAAUGCUGCGUUUCCUCCCUUUCCUGUAAAAUAAUCCUUAUUUUUUUGGAAGCCUGAGCAUAGAGACAGUGUACUUUUCUUGGAAUGUUUAAUAUGCUUUGUGAAAUUUUAUGAAUAACUUCAAAGAAAUGGAGCAGUCCGUCCAAGGUAUUAAUUCAUCAUGUUGGAAAAACCCAUGUCAGUGUUAAUAAUCGAAUUGCACUGAAAUGUAAUUUUUAGUGCUUCCAAAGUUUUUAUUGUUAUUUUUAAAUCUUGUUUAUGGUCCUGACAGAAUAGUGGUGUAAAAUCUGUUUUUCUUCCUUGCCCUGCUUUUGACAAAGGCCUUCCUCAGAAUCCUUAGCCAUUGUUAUGAGUUCCUAGCUACAAUUAAGAGUUUGUUCUAGGUUUUUGUAUAAAAAGCAAAUUUUCAUAUAUCGUGCAAGUAUCAGAUCAGUCUUCUGUCAGUACAUUCCUGUCACUUCCCUCCUUGAAAAGGGAAAGUCAAAAUGCCUCUUGGAGUACUGUGUUUCAUCAAGCAUUGCACGUAGAUUUGGUGAGGAAAAUGGUGGAUAGUUUGUGAGCCAGAUAGUCAGAUUGUUGCUUCCUGCACAAGAGAAUGCCAGCUGUGCUCAAGCAGCACAUCAGACUUCCACUCGAGUACAGAAUAGAAUUUUUCAUUAAAAACGUGUUGGCCUCUUCCUAUGACUAGGAGAGAGAAUCCAUAUUCUGCCAAUAUUUAUUACUCUCUGAACAGCUGAUGCAUGGUUCAAUGCACUGCCUUUUCUCUGCAGAAAAUCUGGUUUCAGAAUAAUUUUUCAGGUUGCACUGAAGAUAAAAUUAUGGUUUUGUCAUGUUUUGUAAUGAAUAGUGGGAUAUGUCUCAGAAAUCCUCCUCUGCCCUUUUUGUCAAUCCCCACCUGUGCUGUAAUUUGUAACAUCUGGCAAUAUCAGUCUGAGAUGGGAGUAACUGAAAAUUGUGGUCAAAGCUGAGACACCUUAGAAGAAUUGCUGACUGGGGAAGUGCCAAGCAGCACUAUUAAUGCUGUCAGUGUUAACUCCAUUUGGAGCCCUUACUACUCAUGGGAGAGGAAGAGGACGAAAUCUGGCUCCUCUAAAUUAUGCACAUUAAUAGUUUGGCUGAACUUUUUACUCCCCUGAAAAAAAUGUUCUCUGUAGUUUCCAGUAUCAUUUCUAAUUCCCUGUGUUAUCAGAAAACAGCUUAGCAGUUGGUUUGCACAGAUAAUGAAAGCCACACUUGUGUUUUAGUAUUGACCAUUUUCACCAAGGAGAGCUGAUGACAUGACAAAACCGCUAUUUCUUCUUUUCAGCUCAUGUUUGCAGAGAUGAGUGAUGGGACAUUUUGCUCUUUUCCUGUCUGCUUUUGUUGCAGAGGCCCUUUCUCAGGCCUUCUGGCUUACUUAGGCAGAGAGAGCAAGCAGUUGUCCCCUUCUCCUCUGCCCACCGCCCGGGGUCCCUUCUUUGUAUUGCAGUCUCUGCUGAAAGGGACUUCUGUCUGCCAGCUGGAAAAUGCACCACAAUUCUGUGAGGCCUCCUGUGGAUACCUUCUUUUUGGGAACACAAAUGUUCGGCAGUAUCCAGUAUAAAACAUUCCCCCUGGUUUAUAUGAGAAGUAACAGAGCAACUUAAAGAUAUAUUUUUAUGUUAUUUGGGUGAAGCGUAAUAUAUUAAUGGGCUGUAGAAAGAAGAUUUAUAUUUUAAAACCUUCACGCAAAUCUAAUAUCAUUUUAAAUGUCAUUGUCUGACGUAUAAUAUAGAAAUAAAUUUUGUCUUUAAUAUUUGCAUUUAUAAGUGGCCCGAUGACUAUUCAAAUGUCUCCUAGAGUAAUCAUUAACGAGAUAAAGUAUAUUUUGCAUUGACAGUAGAAAUGAAUUCUUUUUGUAUGAGUCAACCCAACAGAAAUAUUUUAAAAAAGAUGGUAUUUGUUCCAUCUGUUAAAUGUCUCUUAAAGUCUUAAUUGAUUAUUUUUCUUGAAACAACAUGUAAAUAGCUAGGAAAUAUAUACAAUAGAGAAUAAUAGAUGAUCCCCAGAGUAAAUACAGGGCUAUAAUUUACUUGAAGGGCUCCUCAAAAUGCGACUUCAGUGGACGUGAAUGAAUGAAUGUGUUUUGUAAAACGAAGUUCUGGAGAAAAGUAGAAGAAAAAGUCUAACUAACCAUAAUGAAAAGUAACGUUGGAGUCUAGGAGCGUGCUUACCUAUGUAUUUAUUCUAUGGUAGUCUAUUGUUGUAAUAUAUACUUUUGAACAUUUAGUUUUUAAAGUGUUAUAAAACAUUUAAGUUAAAAUGUUAAGUUUGACCAGUUAAUGAUUUAGCUUUCUUUUAAAUGGAGUUAAUGAAAGGGUAUUGCAAUUCUCACAGAUGUCAGUAAAUUAUAAAACACAAGAAUUUAAUUUCAGGUCACAAAGUUCAUAAAAGAAUCUUGCCUGUUGUGGACAUUACAAUCUGAAAGCAGUGUACAGCAUAAAGAUGAGGCCUGCUAACUUAAUGCUGCUCUCCAGUUAGCUGCUAAGAGGGCAACAGUCUUCUAUGCUCAAUUCUCCAGUGGCACUGAUGUUACUGCUCCCUAGGGAAGAGAGUUCUUUUUUCAAAAUCUGCCCCAUCCACACUUACAGCCUUUAAACCUGAGGACUGAAGACUUUUCCAUCAUUUUUUAAUCUUAUAGCAAUGGGAUGGUGAGUAAAAAGGAGUCCCCAUUGUCAUGCUUGGGGAGUUUUCCCUCUCAGUUGUUCCACCAAAAAAGGGAGAUACGGGAGUUGGCUUUGCUGCACUAGCAGAAGGAUCAGUCAGGUUUGGCCGCAUUUUUCCAGGCAACUCAAAAUAUCCUUGAUUUCCCCCAGUCCCUCUGGGAUGAGUGAGAAACCAAGGACGUCUGCUGAGUAAUGCUUGAUGACCUCAGCAACACCAAUCUCCUUGGUUCAGUAGAUACUGCUAGGAUACGCGUUUCAGCUGUCCCCGAAAUGCUCCCUCAGUCUGUGAGAGUGGAAGCUUCAAAGAUAGGUCUGCUAGCUCAGGAGGGUGAUAUUUCAGCUAGGUCUUCAGACAGUGGGCUUGAAGAGCCCACACGAGCUCACCGUCGGGCGAGAGAGGAGAUGACACUGCAUCUGUAAAUGGAUGAGACCUCUGGGGGAAAGCUGCCUCCACCUCAUGGAGCAGUGAAGAAGCGAGUUAGGAAUGUGUACGCUACUUAAAGUUGUAGCUGCAUCCCCUUGGGACUUGUACCAGAGUCAACUUUAACAUUCUGUAACUCAGAACAGCUGCAGUGGCAGCAGCUGGGUUGCCAAGUGCCCCGUGCCUUGGUCGAGGUUGGACCUACAGGCCGCUUCAUCUGCUGUGUUAGUGUAGCACUCAGGCUAGGCAGAUUUGGGAUUUGACUUGUAAUUGCCACACAGUUAUGCCUUUUGUUUCCAGAGGGAAGUGUAAGGGACUGAGAGAACCAGAUUUCCAACAUCUCCGCUGCCAAACGUGAGGAAAUGACAGGAAGGUGACACACGACCACAGAAUCAGAGCUGUGUUGCUAGAGGGCUUCUGCACUGAUACCACUUAACCUGUCAGCGCAGUUUGAGAAGUUUAUAACCAUUGUAAGAUCAAAAGGGAAUUCAGCCAUAACUUUCACUUUUCUUAGCCAUUUGCUCUUAGUAAUGUUUUUAAAUUUUUAAUUUACGAAUCUUUUUAAAAGAAAGAAAUGAGUGGUUUAAAUUUACCCUGUUAAAUGUUGGUGAAAGUAUUACAGCUCUCAUUGACGUCAGUGACAUGAUAUUACCAGUUUGUUCUCUGCCACAUCUUACAGAGGAGUAAGCUGGUAAGUAUAUAUUAUAUAUAUUUAUAUAUAAUGUAAAUAGAUUGACUUGUUACACCUACAAUAUGUUGAAAUUGGUUUUUAAAAGGUGAUGUAAAUAGUGGUUUCCUUAAUGAAAAGUACAUAUUUUGUAUUGUUCUAAUGCAAAGGAAAAAGAAAAAACAAAACCUUUUAAUCUUUUUUGUUAUGUAUAUUCCAUGUAUAAGUGUAAAUAAUGAUCACAUAGGUUUAAAAACUUUUGCAUGUAUGUAUACAGUUGCAAGUCUGGAAGAAUGUAUAGAAAAAUACUUUUAUUUAAAGUUGUGAUUACCUGCUGCAUGAAAAGUGCAUGGGGGACCCUGUGCAUCUGUGCGUUGGCAAAAAUGUCUUAACAAGUCAGGUCAGUUCAAAACACAACAGUAUUCCACUUCUGGACAUGACUUCUGCUGUGGUAUUUUAGCUUUGUGAAAGAAUGUGCUUCAAAUCAAAAGGGUCUGGGAAAAAAAAAAAUGCAAACCUACUUUUAAAACAUGAAGUACUCAUACAACUGUAAUCAGUCAUGUAAGUUCAGGAUUCCAUUCUGCGUAACUGAGAUAUUGUACCGGGACUAUUCCGUUGCUGUAAAACAAAGGAAUAUUGAUUUUCAUUGUCAUACAUAAGAAUUCGGGAUUUUACCACAACCAAUUUUAUUGUGAUGUGUUUUCAGUAAUUUAUCUAACUGGUCUCAUUUUUUUAUUAGAAGUUAAUUUCCUCAUGUGAUGUCACAAAACUGUACAUACUGCAGUGUGAAGUUUUUUUAAAUCUUUCAGUGUUUACUUCCUGCAGAAGAUUUGAAUAAAUGAGAAAAAUGCAUUGUC